CACUCGAGCAUGAGAUGCAUCCUCCGGUUACUCCUAAACCGGAAUGGCGCACUGCUCGAUGAAAUGGCGGUUGUUGCGACCGAAGAGUAUCGGUCUGUUGUGUUCCAAGAACCCCGAGUACUUCCGCCUGGCCACACCGGAGCUAGAGUAUGGUUGUAUGAACAUAGGAAGCAGACCUUUGAAGAGGAAACCAAGUGGCGGCAUAGAAUCUCUCCGUGCGAUUCCGUGGAUCUUUGCAUGGACUCAAACGAGAUUCCAUCUCCCUGUAUGGCUGGGAUUCGGAGCAGCGAUCAAGCACGUGGUUCAGAAAGACGUCAAGAACCUCCACAUGCUUAAGGAUAUGUACAAGCAUUGGCCUUUCUUUAGAGUCACCAUUGAUUUAAUCGAAAUGGUGUUCGCUAAGGGAGAUCCAGGUAUCGCUGCUUUAUACGAUAAGCUUCUUGUUUCUGAAGAGCUAUGGCCGUUUUGUUGUGACGGAUGUGAGAAGAUAUAG